AUGGGUUGUGGGAAUUUGUUCUUAACUCUGAUCAUAACCUUCUCAGUAGCUCUGAUCACAUACAAUGUGCUUAUCUCAGUAAAUGCCCCUCUUCAACAACAAUUCCCUGUUUCAUCAAACCCAUCAUCAAAUGAGUUCAUAUCAAUCGACCCAAUAAUCAAAAUGCCUGUGGAUAGAUCGAGACAAGCCAAGAAUAAGAGGCUGUUCCACACAGCAGUAACAUCCUCUGAUUCAGUGUACAAUACAUGGCAGUGUAGAAUCAUGUACUACUGGUUCAAGAAAUUCAAGGAUGAACCCAAUUCCGAGAUGGGUGGGUUCACAAGGAUCUUGCAUUCUGGGAAGCCUGACAGGUUCAUGGAUGAGAUCCCAACUUUUGUUGCUCAGCUUCUCCCACCUGGAACUGAUCAGGGUUAUAUUGUUCUUAAUAGACCUUGGGCAUUUGUACAAUGGCUUCAGCAGGCGGACAUCAAAGAAGACUACAUAUUGAUGGCAGAGCCAGAUCAUAUUAUAGUUAAGCCCAUACCAAACCUAUCCACAGAUGGCCUUGGAGCUGCAUUCCCUUUCUUUUAUAUUGAACCUAUAAAGUUUGAGUCUAUUCUCAGAAAGUUCUUUCCUGAGGACAAGGGACCAAUAACCAAUAUUGAUCCAAUAGGAAAUUCUCCUGUCAUCAUUGGAAAGGAAUCUCUUAAAAAGAUAGCUCCCACUUGGAUGAAUGUUUCCUUGGCAAUGAAAAAGGAUCCUGAAGCGGAUAAAAAGUUUGGUUGGGUCCUUGAAAUGUAUGCUUAUGCUGUUGCAUCUGCUCUACACGGAGUGGGUAACAUCUUGUACAAGGACUUCAUGAUUCAGCCUCCCUGGGAUACAGAAAUUGGCAACAAGUUCAUCAUUCAUUACACUUAUGGAUGUGAUUAUGACAUGAAGGGUAAGUUGACCUAUGGAAAGAUUGGAGAAUGGAGAUUUGACAAAAGAUCCUAUGAUACUGUCUGGCCUCCAAAAAAUCUUCCAUUGCCUCCACCUGGUGUUGCAGAAAGUGUGGUUACUCUGGUGAAAAUGGUAAACGAAGCUACAUCAAACAUUCCUAACUGGGGAUCUUAAAGUAUGGGCAUUGGAUAAAAGCUAUUGUAAACACAACGCUUGGUUCAGGAAUGGUGAAAUUGUAUGUCUGCACCCCGCGCCGUUCAUGAAAAUAUUUACUAUGAAAUUUUUGACUAUUUUGGCUUUUGGAUUGCCUAGACAUCCUCCAUUUAUAGGUUAGAAGGCUGAAACUUGCUAGCUAUAAAUGGGCUUCCCAUUUUUUUUGGUUUUUUUCAUGUCUUUUUAGCUCCUAAUGCUCAUUCAAAUGUAGAUUAUAAAGUUGGAUAUUGCAUAGAGUGCAGAUAGGCGUUGAUACAAUUCUGUAAUGACAGGUGAUAGACACAGUAAAUGCUAUGAACAUUGUGGAUUUCAGAUUCCAUUUGUGAAGAACAUCAUCA